UUUUAUGUCUUCAUCAUCAUCAUCACAAUGAUUCGAUUAUUGGAACAAUAUUGGCACAUAAUCAAUGGUACCCAUUAUGGUUUGGCCAUUGUUUAUCCACAUUAUAUACAAGAAAAAAUUUUCCCACCAUUUUUCGAUGAUCUAAUCCAAAAUGUACAAGAAUUAUUGAUUGAAAAUCAUUUCUAUUGGCAACAAUUAUUGUGGAUUUCAUUCACCGUUUUGAUCAUUUCAAAUAUUCGUCAUUAUUUUUGUCGUUAUAUUGUAAAUUUUUUAAUUGAAAAUCAUUAUCUAUUGGAACGUGAUCGAAAAAGAUUUUCCGGUAACAUUUGGGAUAGUGUAUUCUAUUUGCAUACGGUUUUAUUGGCCAGAUUUAUUUGUAUACGAUUACAACUGUUGAAUGAUGAAAAUGAUACAAAAUUUUUAUGGCUAAAUAAUGAAGAAACUGUUGGCGUUGAUUCAUUUCUAAUACGAUUAUUAUAUCUAAUCGAUAUGGCAAAUUAUUUACAUUCAGCUCAUUAUAUAAUAUUCAUAGAUCAAUGGGAUAAAGAUUCACCAAUGAUGAUCGUACAUCAUGUGAUUGCCGCCUUUAUGUUAACGAUAUCAUACAUAAUACAUAUGGAACGAAUCGGUGUGGUCAUGAUUUAUUUGCUAGAAAUCUGUGAAGUUUGUUAUUUCAUACGUUGUUUGAGUAAAUUACAAAUUCAUCUUUUACAACGUCAUCUGAAUCCAUUACGUUUACUGGUAUUCUCUGUAUUAAUCAUUGUUUGGUAUUAUAAUCGUCUUUAUCGUUAUCCAAUUAUUAUUCUACAAUCAUCAAUUGAAUUCGGAUUCAAUCAAUUGAUCAAUAUGAAACAGGUUGCCAUCUACAUUCUACUAUAUUAUCUUACAUUAAUUAUACAAUUAUUCAAUAUUUAUUGGGCCAUUCAAUUAAUACGUGUAAUAAUAAGAAUAUUCCGUAAAGGUUUAGAAAAUAUUGAAGAUUUUCGUGAAUUUCAUCAUCAUCAUCAUCAUCAUCAUGACCAUCAUUGUCAACAUGAUCAACAAAAUAAAUUGAGAAACACUAGGAUUGGAUUCAAAUGA